ACUCAACACCACCACCACUCCAUCUCCAUUACCAUUAUUUGCUUUGUACUUUGGAUUCCUUAACGCUGUAAGAAGGAAAACACCACCAGCUCCGGGGUAAUAACAUGGCGGAUGGUAGUAGUUGUUCGUCGGAUUCAGGCUGCAUCAGUAGAGAGAUCAUGCUGUUUGGUGUCAGGGUGGUUCUUGAUCCGAUGAGAAAGAGUGUGAGUUUGAACAACUUGUCUGAGUACGAGCAGACGGAGGAGAUCCCAAAGAUCAUCAUCGCCGAGGAUGAAAAGAACAAAACCUCCUCUGGUUACGCCUCCGCGGACGACGCUGUUCCGAUCUCUUCUAGCCGAGAGAGGAAACGAGGAGUUCCAUGGACAGAGGAAGAGCACAAGCUGUUCUUGCUUGGGCUGAAGAAAGUAGGGAAAGGAGAUUGGAAAGGAAUAUCUAAAAACUUUGUCAAGAGCAGGACGUCUACGCAAGUAGCUAGUCACGCUCAGAAAUACUUCCUCCGGCGAAGUAAUCUCAACCGUCGCCGGCGAAGAUCUAGCCUCUUUGACAUGACAACUGACACGGUCAUGCCCAUGGAAAAAGAUCAGAUGCUUAUGCAUGAGAACAUGUCACAACCAUCUUCUCUUGUACCUGAGAUCAAGAUACACCCGGUUAUGCAAAUCUUUCCUGAGUUCCCGGUACCAACAUCUGGUGAUAAUGCAUCAAGGAACCAUCUGGUUCCAUUUACUUUUCAAGCAAGGCCUGAACCCAUCUCUCUCAGCCUCACACUAGCCUCAUCUAAUCUUAAUGACCCGUCUUCCUCAAGGCACUCAGCAUUCAACACGAUUGGAGUUGCUUAGAGAAACC